UGAAAGCUAAAGCAUUUGCUGUUGACUUGCUUAGUCUUACUGGCUUGAUAUCAAAUGAUACUGACCAUUUUAUUUGUGCACAUUUUAGGACAAAUGAUUCAUUUCUAAAAUUAUUAGCUCGAACUAUGGUAGAGUAUAAUACAGGGAGACGCAAUUUUAAUACUGUUAUACGUCUUGUUGAAAAACUUUUUGAUGAUGUUGACAGUACAUCUGGUACAUUAAGCUAUUUUGAAGAGAAGCUUGAAGAGUUGUCAAUGAGUAAUUCCAGAAAAAAUGUGUCUGAUUCAGUAAGUUCCAGCAAUGAUAACAUUUUAACAACUAAAGAUGAUUUAAAUAAGAUUACUAAGUCACAUGAUGAAGUUGAUUCAGGAGUAAAUAAAGAUUUCACAGAAGGGAGCAUAAUCAAUGUUACUGUGAGGUCUACUCUUGUAAGUGGAGAUGAAACUAAGAAUUUGCUAGGAGGUUUAGAGGUUCAAGAGGUGGACGAAGAUAAAUCCUUGACCAAAAUUGAAACACAAUCUACAGGUAAAGAUGCCUUGCAAAAAAUGGGAGAUGAAGGUGAGAGACAGUUUACAAUGAUUGAAGAUAUUAGUGAAGUCAAAGUUGAGAGUCAUAAUGUGGAUAAAGAUGAACAGAUAGGUGAGGAAUUGAAUGGAGUUCACUGUGGGGGUGAAGCCAGAAUAGUUCAGUCUGAGGGGGAUGUGCUUGUGGAGUGUGAGAUUAAGUCUGAGGUGGUUGAAUCUGAGGUUAAGUCUGUUGUUGAGCCUCUAUUGGAAACAAAUGUUGAAGCUUUGAUUAAACAUGAGUCUGAGGUUCAUUCAGUGGUUGACCUUGAUGACAAAUUUGUUAAACCUGUGAUUGGGUUUGUAUCCAAACAUGAGUUGGAGUCUGUAGUGGAAUUUAAGAGUGGGGCUUUGGCUAAACUAGAAGAAGAACAUGAAGCUGAUAUAAAGUCUCUAGUUAAACUUGAGAACAAGCCUAUUGUUGAAUCAGAUGCUAAAUUUGUGGUUCAGUCUGAGUCUGCAGUUGAAUCUGAUUUAGAGUCUUUAAUUAAAUCUGUAAUUGAACUUGAUGUUGAAUAUGUGAUGGAAUCUAAGGUUGAGUCUGCUGUUGAAUCUGGUGUGGAAUGUGUGGGUGAACCAGAUGAGCCUGUAUUUGAACUUGACAUUGUUCCUGAAUCUGAACCUGUUAUCAAGUUUAUGGUAGAACAUGAACUUGAGUCUGUGAUUGAAGCUGAUAUUAAGUCAGUGGUUGAAUUUGUUGCUGAACCCGAGUGUGAUCUACUGAUUGAACUUAAUGAGUCUGUGGUUGAACCUGAUAUUAUGUUUUCAGUUGUACCUGAAAUAGAGUCUGUUGUUGAACAUGAUAAGGAGCUAAUGGCUGAAAUUGAGGUUGAAUCUCUUGUAGAAUUUGACGGUGAGCCUGUGAUUAAACAUGAGUUUGAGUCUGUGGUUGAACUUUAUGAUGAGCCUGUGGCUGAACUUGAGAAUGAAUCUGUGGUUGAACUUGAAGAUGAAUCUAUGAUUGAACAUGAAAUUGAAUCUGUAGUUGAACUUGAGGAUGAGUCUGCUGUGGAAUCUGACAUUGAAUCUCUGGUUGAACAAAAUAAGAAGUCUGUUACUGAACCUGAGGUUGAACUUGUGGUUAACUUUAAAGAUAAACCUGUGGUUGAACGCCAUGUUAGGUCUGUUUGUGAACUGAAGGUUGAGCCUAUAAUUGAUUCUGAGGCUAAGCCCAUGCUUGAACUUAAGGUUGAAUCUAUGGUUGAGCAUGUUGUGGAACAUGAUAUUGAUCCUACGAUUGAGAAUCCAGUUGAAACCAAGACUUUGUAUGUGAUUGAGCCUGAGAUUGAGUCUGUGGUUGAACCAGCAUUUUGGCCUGGAGUUGAGUCUGUUGAGGAAAAUGAAAUUGAGUCUAGGAUUGAAUAUGAAGUUCAGUCUGUAGUUGACCUUGAUCUAAUGAUUGUGCUUGAGAAUGUUGUUGAACCCCUGAACAAGUCUGUGGUUGAAACUGAAGUUAGGUCAGUUGUUGAACCUGACCUUUAUGAAUCUAUGAUUGAACAUGAGGAUGAGUCUGUGGAUCAACUUGAGGGUGAGCCUGUGAUUCAGUCUGAUGUUAAAUCUGUGGUUAAACCCAAAGUUGUAAAUGCAGAACUUGAUUUGAUACCUGUGGUUGAACUUGAGGUAAAACCUAUAAUUGAAUUUGAAUAUAGGAUUGAAGCUGUAGUUGAAACUGUUUUGGGGGCUGUGGUUAAACCUGAAGGUGAGUCAGUGAUAGUGAUCAGCCAUGGGGAUGACCCUGUGAUUAGACAUGACCCUAUGGGUGACCCUGAGACUGACUCUGUACUUGAAUCCAAGAGUGAACCUGUGGUUGAACAUGGCAAUAAAUCUGUGGUUGAAUCUGAGGGUGAGCCUAUGGUUGACCUUAAGAGUAAGCCUGCAGUUGAACCAGAGGAUGAGUUUGUGGUUGAACCAGAGGAUGAGCCUGUGGUUGAACUAGAGGGUGAGCCUGUGGUUGAACCAGAGGAUGAGCCUGUGGUUGAACCAGAGGGUAAGUCUGUGGUUGAACCAGAGGGUAGGUCUGUGGUUGAACAAGAGGGUGAGUUUGUGGUUGAACCAGAGGGUGAGUUUGUGGUUGAACCAGAGGAUGAGUCUGUAGUUGAACCAGAGGGUGAUCCUAUGGUUGAACAAGAAAAUGAGCCUGUGGUUGAACAAGAGGGUGAGCCUGUGGUUGAGUCAGAUAAGUCUGUAGUUGAACCUGAGGCUGAACCUUUGGUUGAACAUGAUAGACAGCCCAUAGAUGAACUUGAGAGUAAACUAGAGGAUGAACCAAUGGUUGAACCAGAUAAGCCUGUAGUUAAACUUGAAGAUGAGUCAGUGGUUGAACUUGAAUUUGAGCAUUUUGUUGAACCUGUGGAUGAAUCUGUGGUUGAUCUUAAGGCUGAGCUUGUGAUUGAAACUAAGAGUCAUCCUGAGGUUGAGUCUGUAAUGAAAUCUGAGAGUGAGUCUGUUGUUGAACCUGAGGGUGAACCUAUAGUUGAACCAGGAUGUGAGCCUGUGGUUAAAUCAGGGAAUGGGUAUAUGGUUGAACCAGAUGGUGAGCUGACAGUUGUGCCUAUGGUUGAAUCUGUGGAUGAGCCUGUGGUUGAACCUGUUGUUGAACAGGACAAGUCAGCAGUAGAGCUUUUGUUUGAACCUGAGUAUGAUAUUGAGAGUUGGCCAGUGGCUGUAUCUGAGAGUGAACCAAUACUUAAAUGUGAGGCUGAACUUGUACUUGAACCUGAGGAUGAGCCCAUGGUUGAAGUUCAGAGUGAUCCUAUGGCUGAACCUGAUAUUGAGCCUGUGGUUGGAGCAGAUGAUGAGUCUGUUGUUGAACUUCAGUAUGAGUCUUUGGUUGAACCUAAAGGUGAGCCUGUGGUUGAAUCUUUGGUUAAAUCUGAGAGUGGGCCAGUGUUUGAAUCUGAGAGAGAGCCUGUGGUUGAUUCUGAAGGUAAACUUGAUUGUGGGCUUGUGGUUGAACUCAAGAAUAAACCUUUUGUUGAACUUAAGGCAGAAUCUCUUAUUGAACCUGUGGGUGAGCCCUUGGUUGAACCUGAGGAUAAAACUGUGGAUGGAUCUGAAAGUGAGCCUGUAAUUGAACCCACAGUUGAACUUGUUAAAGCUAAGGAUGAGCCCAUGGUUGUAUAUGAAAGUGAGCCUGUGGCUGACCCUAAUAAUGAAUCUGCGGAUAAGCCUGUUGAACUUCAGGAUGAGUUUGUGGUUGAUCCUGUGAGUGAGUCUGCUGUUCAACCUGAUAGUGAGCCUAUGGCUGAACUUGAGGGUGAGGUUGUGACUGGACUUCAAGAAAAGUCUGUGGUUGAACCAGAGGAUAAAUCUUUUGUUGAAAUUGAGGGAGAGUCUUAUGUUGAAUCUGUAGGUGAGUCUUUGCUUAAACUUGAAGAUGAAUAUUUGGUUGAACCUGUCAUAGAACCUGAGAGUCUGUCUGUGGUUGAACCUGACAGUGAGCAUGUGAUUGAACCUGAGAAUGAACCUGUUGUUAAACCUGAGAGUGAGCAUGGCAUUAAACCUGAGGAUGAGCAUGUGGCUGGACCUACUAGUAAGCUUAUGGUUGAACCAGGGGAUAAACCUGUUGGUGAACCUGAGGGGGAGUCUGUGGUUGAACCUGUGGGUGAGCCCUUGGUUGAACUUGAUAGUCAACCUGUGCUUCAACCUCACAUUGAGCCAGUGGUUGAUCUUGAAGAUGAACCUGUUAGUGAAAUGGAGAGUGAGUCUGUGGUUGAAUCUGAGAGUGAGCCUCUGGUUAAACCUGAGGGUGAGUUUGUUGUUGAACCUGAAGAUGAAGAUGUGUUGAGAUCUGAGGAUAAACUUGUAGUUAAACCUGAGGUUGAGCCUGUAGUUAAAUCUGGAGAUGAGCCUAUGGUUGAAGCUGAGGUUGAGCCUGUGGUUGAAUGUAUGGGUGAAUCUGUUCUUGAGAUUGAGUUUAUAGUUCAAGCUAAGAGUGAGUCUGUAGUUGAGUCUGAGAUUGAACUUAUGGUUGAACAUGGGGGUGAGUCUGUGGUUAAAUCUAAUGGUGAGCCUCUCAUUGAGCCAAAGGAUAAAUAUGUAGUUGAACUUGAGAGUGAUCCUGUUGUUAAAUCUGAGGAUGAGUCUUUGGUUAAACCUGAAAGUGAGCCUGAGGUUGAACCUAGGAGUGUGUCCAUGGUUGAAUCUGAGCAUGAACCUUUACUUGAAGCUGACAGUGAGCCUUUAGUUGAAACUGAGGUUGAACUUGUGGUUGAACCUGAGGAUGAGCCUGUAGUUGAACCUGAGAGUGUGGUCAUUGUUGAGUCUGAUGGCAAGUCUCUUGCUGAACCAGAAGGAGAGUCAGUAGUUGAACCUGAGGGUAUGGUUGCUGUUAGGUUUGAUGGUGAACUUGUAGCUGAACCAGAGCAUGAGUCUGUGGUUGAACUUGAGAAUGAAUCUAGGGUUAAAUUUGAGAGUAAGUCUGUGGUUGAACUUGUGGAUGAGUCUCAAGUUGAACUUCAGUUUGUGGACCAACUUGAAAGUGGGUUUCUGGUUGAGCUUGUUGGUGAACCUUUGGUUGAAUGUUCUGUUAUGUGUGUUGGGGACCUUAAAGUAGAAUCUGAGAUUAAACCUGUUCUGGAACUCAAGGUUGAACCUGUAGUUGAACCUGAGAUUGAGACUGUAAUUCAGCCAGACAUGGAUUCUCAGAUUGAACUUGAGAUUGAUUCUUUAGUUGAACCAGAGUUUGUGGUUGAGCUUGUGGUUGAACAUAAACUUGAGCCUGUGGUUGAACAAGAAGUUGAGGCUGUGAUUAAACAAGAAGUUGAGUCUGUGGUUGAACAAGAGGUUGAGCCUGUGCUUGAAAAAGAAGUAGAACCUGUGGUUAAACAAGAGAUUGAGCCUGUGGUUGAACAAGAGGUUGAGCCUGUGGUUGAACAUGAGGUUGAGCCUGUGAUUGAACAAGAGGUUGAGCCUGUGGUUGAACAAGAGGUUGAGACUGUGGUUGAACAUGAGGUUGAGCCUGUGGUUGAACAUGAUAUUGAGCCUGUGGUUGAACAUGAGGUUGAGCCUGUGGUUGAACAUGUGGUUGAGCCUGUGGUUGAGCCUGUGGUUGAACAUGAGGUUGAGCCUCUGGUUGAACAUGAGAUUGAGCCUGUGGUUGAACAUGAGGUUGAGUCUGUGGUUAAACAAGAGGUUGAGCCCAUGGUUAAACAAGAGGUUGAGCCUGUGGUUGAACAUGAGGUUCAGUCUGUGGUUGAUCCUGUGGUUGAACAUAAGGUUGAGCCUAUGGUUGAACAUAAGGUUGACCCUGUGGUUGAGCCUGUAGUUGAACAUAAGGUUGAGCCUGUGGUUGAACAAGAGGUUCAGCUUGUGGUUGAACAUGAUGUUGAGUCCAUUGUUGAACAAGAGGUUGAACCUGUCUUUGAACAUAAGGUUGAGUCUGUGGUUGAGCCUGUGGUUAAACAAAAGGUUGAGCCUGUGGUUGAACAUGAGAUUGAACAAAAGUUCGAACCUGUGGUUGAACUUGAGGUUGGGUCUGUGGUUGAACAUGAGGUUGAGCCUGUAGUUAAACAAGAGGUUGAGCCUAUGAUUGAACAUGAGGCUGAGCCUGUGGUUGAACAAGAGGUUGAUCCUAUGGUUGAACAUGAAGUUAAGUCUGUGGUUGAACAAGAGGUUGAACCUGUGGUAGAACAUGAGAUUGAGUCUGUGGUUGAACAUGAGGUUGAUCCUGUGGAUGAACAUGAGGUUGAGCCUGUGGUUGAGCCUGUGGUUGAUCAAGAAGUUCAGCCUGUGGUUGAACAUGAGGUUGAGCCUGUGGUUGAACAUGAGGUUGAGCCUGUGGUUGAUCAAGAGGUUCAGCCUGUGGUUGAACCUGUGGUUGAGUUUGUGGUUGAGCCUGUGAUUGAACUUGGGGUUGAGCCAGUGGUUGAACAAGAGAUUGUGCCUGUGGUUGAACAAGAGGUUGUGCCUGUAGUUGAACAAGAGGCUGGGCCAGUUGUUCAACAAGAGGUUGAUCCUAUGGUUGAACAUGAGGUUAAGUCUAUGGUUGAGCCUUUGCUUGGACAUGAGGUUAUCUCUGAGGUUGAACAUGAGUCUCAAAUUGAACUUCAGUUUGUGGAACAACUUGAAAGUGGGUUUCUAGUUGAGGUUGGUGAACCUUUGGUUGAAUGUUCUGUUAUGUGUGUUGGGGACCUUAAAGUAGAAUCUGAGAUUAAAACUGUUCUGGAACUCAAGGUUGACCCUGUAGUUGAACCUGAGAUUGAGACUGUAAUUCAGCCAGACAUGGAUUCUCAGAUUGAACUUGAGAUUGAUUCUUUGGUUGAACCAGAGUUUGUGGUUGAGCCUGUGGUUGAGCAAGAAGUUGAGGCUGUGAUUAAACAAGAACUUGAGCCUGUGGUUGAGUCUGUGGUUGAACAAGAGGUUGAGCCUGUGCUUGAAAAAGUAGAGCCUGUGGUUAAACACGAGAUUGAGCCUGUGGUUGAACAAGAGGUUGAGCCUGUGAUUGAACAUGAGGUUGAGCCUGUGGUUGAACAUGAGGUUGAGCCUGUGGUUGAACAUGAGGUUGUGCCUGUGGUUGAACAUGAGGUUGUGCCUGUGGUUGAACAUGAGGUUGAGCCUGUGGUUGAACAUGAGGUUGAGCCUGUGGUUGAACAGGAGGUUGAGCCUGUGAUUGAACAUGAUGUUGAGCCUGUGGUUGAACAUGAGGUUGAGCUUGUGGUUGAACAUGAGGUUGUACCUGUGGUUGAACAUGAGGUUGAGUCUGUGGUUGAACAUGAGGUUGUACAAGAGGUAGAGCUUUUGGUUGAACAUGAGGUUGAGCCUCUGGUUGAACAUGAAGUUGAGCCCAUGAUUGAAUAUGAGGUUGAGCCUGUGGUUAAGCCUGUGGUUGAACAUAAGGUUGAGCAGGAGGUUGAACCUAUGGUUGAACAAGAGGUUGAGCCCAUGGUUGAACAAGAGGUUGAGCCCAUGGUUGAACAAGAGGUUGGGCUUGUUGUUGAUCAAGAGGUUGAGCCUGUCGUUGAUCAAGAGGUUGAGCCUGUGGUUGAGUUUGUGGUUGAGCCUGUGGUUGAACAAGAGAUUGAGCCUGUUGUUGAACAAGAGGUUGAGCCUGUGGUUGAACAUGUGGGUGGACCUCUGGUUCAACAAGAGGUUGUUCAUGUGGUUGAACAUGAGUUUAAGUCUGUGGUUGAGCCUGUGGUUGAGCAAGAGGUAGAACCUGUGGUUGAACAUGAGGUUGAGCCUGUGGUUGAACUUAAGGUUGAGCCUGUUGUUGAACAAGAGGUUGAACAUGUUGUUGAAUCUGUGGUUGAGUUUGUGGUUGAGCCCGUGGUUGAACUUGAGGUUGAGCCUUUGGUUGAACAAGAGGUUGAGCCUGUGGUUGAACGAGAGGUUGAGCCUGUGGUUAAGCCUUUGGUUGAACAAGAGGUUGAGCCUGUGGUUGAACAUAAGGUUGAGGCUGUGGUUCAACAUGAGGUUGAGCCUUUGGGUGAACAUGAGGUUGAAUUUGUGGUUGAACACAAGGUUGAACCUGUGGUUGAACAUGAGGUUGAGCUUGUGGUUCAAAAUGAGGUUGAUCUUGUUGUUGAACACAAGGUUGAGCCUCUGGUUGAACAAGAGGUUGAGGCUGUGGUUGAACAUGAGGUUGAGCCUGUGGUUGAACAAGAGGUUGAGCCUGUGGUUGAACAUGAGGUUGAGCCUGUGGUUGAACAUGUGGUUGAGCCUUUGGGUGAACAUGAGGUUGAGCCUGUGGUUGAACAUGAGGUUGAGCCUGUGGUUGAACAUGUGGUUGAGCCUUUGGGUGAACAUGAGGUUGAGCCUGUGGUUGAACACAAGGUUGAACCUGUGGUUGAACAUGAGGUUGAGCUUGUUUUUGAACUCAAGGUUGAGCCUGUGGUUAAACAAGAGGUUGAGACUGUGGUUGAACAUGAGGUUGAGCCUGUGGUUGAACAUGAUGUUGAGCCUGUGGUUGAACAUGAUGUUGAGCCUGUGGUUGAACAUGAAGUUGAGCCUGUGGUUGAACAUGAGGUUGUGCCUGUGGUUGAACAUGAGGUUGAGCCUGUGGUUGAACAUGAGGUUGAGCCUGUGGUUGAACAUGAAGUUGAGCCUGUGGUUGAACAUGUGGUUCCACCUGUGGUUGAACAUGAGGUUGAGCCUGUGGUUGAACAAGAGGUUGAACCUGUGGUUGAGCCUGUUGUUGAAUACAAGGUUGAGCCUGUGGUUGUGCUUGAGGUUGAGUUUGUGGUUGAACAAGAGAUUAAGCCUGUGGUUGAACAUGUGGUCAGUCUUUUUGGUGAAAAAGAAGUUGAGCCUGUAGUUGAACAUGAUGUUGUGCCUGUUAGUGAACAAGAGGUUGAGCCUGUGAUUGAACAUGAUGUUGAGCCUGUGGUUGAACAUGAUGUUGAGCCUGUGGUUGAACAUGAGGUUGAGCCUGUGGUUGAACAUGAGGUUGAGCCUGUGGUUGAACAUGAGGUUGAGCCUGUGGUUGAACAUGAGGCUGAGCCUUUGGUUGAAUAUGAGGUUGAACUUGAUGCUGAGUCUGUGGUUGAACAUAUUGGGUCUGAAAUUGAACUAGAGAGUAAGCUUGUGGUUGAACCUGAUAUUGAGUCCUUUGUUGAAUCUGAAAUUGGAUCUUUGAUUAAACCUAAGAUUAAGCUUGAAGGUGAGUCUGAAAAUGAAUCUGUGGUUGACUUCAAAGACAAAUCUGUGAUUGAAACUGAUGUUAAACCUGAGAGUGAACCCAAGCUUGAGUAUGUGGUUGGACUUCAGGAUGAAUUGGUGGUUAAUUUGGAAGUAGGAUUUGACAUACAUGAAAGAAAGAAUAUUGCUGGAAAAGAUAUUAGUUAUGAAUCCAUGGCAAUGGCUGAAAAAUAUUUUUAUCCACUAUGCAAUAUUAAUUCCUCAAAUUACAUAGAUCUGGAUCCUAUAUAUACUAUAAGAGUAAAUUUAAAUUCCUCUAAAACUUUUGAGAAUUUCAAUGACACUGUUGACUAUGUAGAAAGACUAAUGGGGUCAACACAUGAGUGUCAAGAGGUGCACAUUGUAAAAAAGUCUUUACUUGGGGUGUCUUAUUAUCAGGUAGUGAUUGGUCAGUCUCCUACAAAGCUUUAUGACUGUAAAGUGUUUAGUAUGGAGGAAAAAGGGCAACUCUAUGAUAGUCAUUCUGCAGCUGAAAGUUCCAAGAAGGGAAACUUGGAAGAAGUAACUUUAGAGCUUGCAUCUGAGUUGAGGGAUAGAAAUUCUAUGAAGCAAAUAGAAAAUUUUGAUUCUGCAUUUAUUACAGGAAGUCAUGACCCCAGAAUGGAGAGUUCCUUUUCAGCUAAGUUUAUAACAGACACUGGAAGUAAUGUUAAAAGUCUUGAUGCUUCACUAUUUGAAGAUGAAGUUUUUUAUUUUGGAGGAGAGGGUGUUACCACUAGCAGUGUUGAGUCUCUCUCCGAUGUAUUUUCAGUUGAUGUUACUGCUUUACUUGGAGAUGUUAGAAAUACUGGGGAUGUUACAGAAACUGAAACCAUAAAAAUUCUUGAGUCUGAUAAUAUUGAUGAAGCAAAUGUUGAGUACAGGCAAAUAUAUGGCACACAGAAUGCAGAAAAUGUAAAUGUUGAAAUUGCAGGGACUACUGAUAUAGAUCUUAAGGGUGAUGCUUAUAUUGAGGGGUCUGCUGAUGCUGUUAAUGUUGAUAUGUUAAGUUUUUUUGGAAGUCAGGAAACAGAUAGUGAUGACAGCAUUGAUAUGGACAGAGUUGAAUCUUUUGUUGAAAGUCAGAAAACAGAUAGAGAUGAUAGCAUUGAUAUGGACAGAGUUGAAUCUUUUGUUGAAAGUGUUACUGAUGUUUGGGAAGCUGACAUGGGCAGUGAACAGUCUUCUAUUAGUAAUAUUGAGUCUGAUGUUGACAUUAUUGAUUUAGGGCCUUACAAAAUGCUUGUUAGAGAUAAUGCCAAAAAUGAUAACAGUUUUGAUUCAUUUUUGCCAAGCAGUGUAGAAAUUGAUGUCAACACUGUAAAAGAAUGUAAGACUGGUAAGACUAGAAAAUCAUUGGCUUGUAAUGAUUUUCCAGAGUCAGUGAAGCAUGAUGCAGCAGCUCUUUCAACAUCAGAGAGUAAGAUAGAGAAAUUAGACCCUGUAGUUAAUGUUGUAGAGUACAAUGAAGUGCUUGAGAAUAACAUUGAAAUUAAACCAGUUUCUCAGCAAGUAACUCUGCAGGAGGCACAAACAGUAUUGAAUCACAGUAUGGUAGCACCAGGGAUGGUAAUGGGAAUAUCAUCAGAAAGUAUUGAGGGAAUUUUGAAACAUAACUAUGAUACCUCAGUACAUAUAGCUAGGGCUAUACCAUCAGCACUUGAUGAGGAAUUAUUGGCACCUGAAAGUGAAGAGGGAUUAGAAGCAAAAAAUGAAGAUGCAAUAAGAUCUGGAGGUGAGCUGAAAUCAUUAUCUGAUACCAAAGGACAUUUAACAGCAGAAGAAAUGGAGGUAAUAUUCCCUCCUCAUGAGAAUCUGCUAACACCCUUAGUUGAAGAUGUAUUAGCUUCUCUGAAUGAGAAGCUGCUCUCAUCUGAUGCUGAGGUGGUACUAGCACCAGAAGUUGAGCUACUGGAAUCCACAAAUGAGUUGCCACAAGAAGUUAAGGAGAGAUCAGUACCAGAAUUUGAGGAGUCACUGGUAUCUGCAGUUGUGAAAAGAUUAUUACCUGAAGUUCAGGAUAAAAAGAUUGAGAAGUCACAUAUAUCCGAAAAUGAGGGGACCUUGUUGCCUGGAGUUCUGAAUAUACAUAUGUUUGAAGUCAAGGAAAGAUUGUUGCCUGAAAUUGAGGAAACGUUAGUGCCUGAACUUGUGGAAGUAUUGGUUCCAGAAAUUAAGGAGAACUGGGACUCUAAAACUGAGAUUAGAGUGGUACCAGAAGUUCAGGAGACAUUUGUUCCUGGAGUUGAUGAGAUACUGGUAUCAGAAGUUCAAGAGACACCAAUCUCUGAUAUUGAGAAGACUUUGGUGUCUGCAUUUCAGGAGACAUUGUUGCCAGAAGUUAUGGAGACUCCUGUUUCUGAAGUUCAGGAGACACUGAUGUCCAAAGUUCAGGAGACACUAGUGUCUAAGGAUGACAAAACUUUGACACCUGAAGCCAAAGAGGUAUCGUUAUUUGAAGUUGAGGAGAUAAUACCUGAAGUUAAAAUGACACUAGUAUCUGAAGUUGAGGAAACACUAGCUCUGGAAGUUGCAAAGACUUUAACACAUGAAUUAAAGGAGACACUGGUGCCUGAAGUUAAGGAGACCUUAACACCUGAAGUUAAAGAGACUCUGGUUGAGGAGAUACUGGAACCUGAAGUUGCAGGGCCUUUAACACCAAUAGUUAAAGACACUUCAGUUGGUGAAGUUGAAGAGAUACUGGUAACUUUAAUAUCCAAAAUUGAAGAGACUAUGGUGCCUCAAGUUAAGGAGACACAUGUACUUGGAGUUAAAGAGGCUUGGGUGUCAGAAUUUGGGGAGAUUUUAGCACCUGAAGUUAAACAGACACUAGUGCAAGAAAUUAAGGAAACAAUGGUGUCUGAAGUUGACAUAGGGCUGUUGCCUGAAGCUGAGGAAAAUCUAGUGCCUGAAGAGACUUUUGUGUAUGAAGUUGAGACAUUUUUACCAGAUUUUGAGGAGAUUUUGAUACCUGAAGUUGAGGUGACUUUUGCACUUGAAGUUGAUGAGUCUUUAACACCUGAAGUUGAGCAGACAAUAAUGCAUGAAAUUAAGGAAUCACUGGUGCAUGAAGUUGAGACAGGUCUACUGCCAGAAGUUGAGGAGACUUUUACAACUGAAGUUGAGAAGAAUCUGGUGCCUGAGGAAGCUUUUAUGUAUGAGGUUGAGAUGCUAUUGUCUGAUGUUGAGGAGACACAGGUGCCUGAAGCUGAGCAGACAUGGGUGUCUGAAGCCGAAGAGACACUGGUGCCUGAAGUUGAGGAGACACUGGUGCCUGAAGUUGAGGAGACACUGGUGUCUGAAGUUGAGGAGACACUGGUGCCUGAAGUUGAGGAGACAAUGGUGUCUGAAGUUGAGGAGUCAAUGGUGUCUGAAGUUGAGGAGUCAAUGGUGUCUGAAGUUGAGGAGUCAAUGAUGUCUGAAGUUGAGGAGAUACUGGUGUCUGAAGUUGAGGAAACACUGGUGCCUGAGGUUGAGGAGACAAUAGUGCCUGAGGUUGAGGAGAUGUUGGUGCCUGAAGUUGAAGAGAUACUGGUGUCUGAAGUCGAGGAGACACUGCUGUCUGAAGUUGAGGGGAUACUGGUGUCUGAAAUUGAGGAGACACUGGUGUUUGAAUUUGAGGGGACACUGGUAUCUGAGGCUGAAGAGACACUGGUGUCUGAAGUUGAGGAGACACUAGUGCCUGAAGUUGAGGAUAUUCUGGUGUUUGAAGUUGAGGAGACACUGGUGUCUGAAGUUGAGAAGACACUAGUGCCUGAAGUCGAGGAGACACUAGUGCCUGAAGACAAGGAGAUUCUGGUGUCUGAAGUUGAGGAGACACUGGUGCCUGAUGUUGAGAAGACACUGGUGCCUGAUGUUGAGGAGACACUGGUGCCUGUAGAGACUUUUUUGUAUGAAGUUGAGAUACUGUUGCCUGAAGCUGAGGAGACACUGGUGGCUGAAGUUGAGGAGACACUGGUGCCUGAAGUUGAGGAGACACUGGUGCCUGAAAUUGAGGAAAAGCUGGUGUCUGAUGCUGAGGAGACACUGGUUCCUGAAGUUGAGGAGACACUGGUGUCUCAAGUUGAGGAGACACUGGUGUCUCAAGUUGAGGAGACAUUUGUGUCUGAAGCUGAAGAGACACUGGUGUCUGAAGUUGAGGAGACACUGGUGCCUGAAGUUGAGGAGACACUUGUGACACUGAUGCCUGAAGGUAAGGAGAUGCUGGUGCCUGAAGUUGAGGAGACACUUGUGCCUGAAGUUGAGGAGAUGCUGGUGCCUGAAGUUGAGGAGACACUGGUGUCUGAAGUUGAGGAGACACUGGUGCCUGAAGUUGAGAAGUUGCUGCCUGAAGUUGAGGAGACGCUGGUGUCUGAAGCCGAGGAGACACUGGUGUCUGAAGUUGAGGAGACGCUGGUGUCUGAAGCCGAGGAGACACUGGUGCCCGAAGUUGAGGAGAUGCUGGUGUCUAAAGCCGAGGAGACACUGGUGUCUGAAGUUGAGGAGACACUGGUGACACUGGUGCCUGAAGUUGAAAAGAUGCUGGUGUCUGAAGACGAGGAGACACUGGUGCUUGAACCCAAGGAGACACUGGUACCUGAAGUUGAGAAGGUGCUGGUGUCUGAAGUUGAGGAGACACUGGUGUCUGAAGUUGAGGAGACACUGGUGUCUGAAGCUAAGGAGACACUGAUGUCUGAGGUUGAGGAGACACUGGUGCCUGAAGUUGAAGAGAUGCUGGUGCCUGAAGUUGAGGAGACACUGGUGCCUGAAGUUGAGGAGACACUGGUGCUUGAAGUUGAGAUGCUGGUGUUUGAAGCUGAGGAGACACUGGUGCCUGAAAUUGAGGAGACACUUGUACCUGAAGUUGAGAAGGUGCUGGUGUCUGAAGUUGAGGAGACACUCAUGUGUGAAGCCAAAGAGACACUGGUGCCUGAAGUUGAAGAGACACUGGUGCCUGAAGUUGAGGAGACACUGGUGCCUGUAGAGACUUUUUUGUAUGAAGUUGAGAUACUAUUGCCUGAAGCUGAGGAAACACUAGUGCCUGAUGUUGAGGGGACACCAUUGUUUGAAAAUGAGGAGACUUCAACACCUGAAGUUAAGGAGACACUGUUGCCUGAAAUUGGAGAGAUUCUGGUGUCUGAAGUAGUUGAGGUGACAUUGGCUCAUGAAGUUGAAGACUCAUUGGCACUAGAAAUUAAGGAACUGUUGAUUCCUGAAAUUAAGGAGACACCAACAAAAGUUGAGGAAGCAUUGGUACCAGAAACUGAUGAUGCACUUUUGAGUGUAGUUGAAGAAGCACUGGUGUCUGAAGUUGAAAAGGUGAUGGUGCAUGAAGUUGAGGAGACCAUAGAUUCUAGAGUUGGUGAAAUUCUGGUGCAUGAAGUUCAGGAGACACUGGUAUCUAAAACUGAGGUCACUGUCUUGUCAGAAGUUCAAGAAACACUGAUGCAUGAAACUGAUGAGACUGUAGUAUCCGAAGUUCAAAAGUCAUUGGUGCCUGAAAUAUAUGAGACUGUGGUAUCUGAAAUUCAGGAUACAAUGGUAUCUGAAAUUAAGAAGAUAAUCUUGUCUCAGGAUGAGGGGACUCUGUUAACCAAGGACAAAGAGGCACAGGUAACUGAAAUUAAGAAGAUGGCAAUACCUGAAGUUGAGAUGACAUUGAUACCUGCAGUUGAGACAGUAAUGCCUGAACUUGAGAUCAUAACAUUAAGAAUUGAGGAGACACUGGUGCCUGAAGUGGUGGAUGUGCUUGUUCCAGAAACAGAGGAGGUGCUGGUAUCUCAAAUUGAGGAAUCGGGAGAUGAGAUAAUAAUUCCUGAAAAUGAGGAGACACUGGUGCUGAAAGUUGAAGAGACACUGGUGCAUGGAUUUGAGAAGACAUUGGAUCCUGAAAUUGAAAAGGUAAUGGAGCUUGAAGUUGGAGAAAUACUGGAGAGGACUAUAAUGCCUGAAGCUGAGGAGGAUCCUGAAAUUGAAAAGGUAAUGGAGCUUGAAGUUGGAGAAAUACUGGAGAGGACUUUAACACCUGAAGCUGAGGAGGUUCGGAUGGUAGAAGUUGUAGAGUCUUUACCACCUGAAAUUGAGGAGAUUGUGCCACCAGAAGUUGAAGAGUCUGUAAUACCUAAAGUUGAGAUUUCAGCACGUGUGGUUGAUGACACACUGGUGCCCAAAGUUAGGCAGACACAGGUACCUGAAAUUAAGGAGACACUGGUAUCUGAAGUUAAGGAGGCAGUGGUAUCUGAAGUUAAGGAGACAGUGGUAUCUGAGGUUGAGAUGACAGUAACACUUGAAGUUGAGACACUGAUGCCUGAAGUUAAGGAGACUGGAAUCGAAGAGACACUAGCAUCUGAGAUUGAGACUUUUCCACCUGAAGUUGAGGAGAUGCCAGUAUCUAAAGCUGAGCCUAUGACAACUGAAAUUGAGGAGUCAGUGGUGUCUAAAGUUGUGGAGACACUGGUGAUUGAGGCUGAGAAGACACAGUUGCAUGAAGUUAAGGAGACUUUUACACCUGAAGCUGAUGACAUCUUAGUGGCUGAAGCUGAGAAGUGUAUAACACCUGAGGUUGGAGAUACACUAGUGCCUGAAGUUAAGAAGAUAGUAGUACAUGAAGCUGAAAAGGUGCUGGCAACUGAGGUUUUGGAGACAUCGGCAUCUGAAGUUGUGGAUCUGUUGGCCACUGAAGUUCAUAAUAUACCAACUCAGGCUGGGAAAACUUUAACUCAUGAUGUUGGGGAGAUAUUGUUGCCAGAAACUGAGGAUAUAGUGGAACAUGUAGUUGAGGAGAUAUUACUGUCUGAAGUUCAGAAGACAAUGGUGUCCAAAGUUGAGGAUACUAUGAUUCUUGGAGUUGGUGUGACAAUGGUGCAUGAAGUUCAAGGAACUCUGGUGUCUGAAAUUGAGGAGGCUGUGGUAUUUAAAGUUCAGGAGACACUGAUGCCUGAAAUAGAGGAGAUUGUGGUGUUUGAUAUUCAGGAAUCAUUGGUGCUGAAAGUUGAUGAGAUUGUGUUGUCUGAAGUUGAGAAAACCCUGGUGCCAGAGAUUCAGGAAACCCUUGUGCCUGAGGAUGACAGGACUGAAUUCAAUGAGAUAUCUGUGUCUGAAGUUGAAGAAACACUAAUACCUGAAGCUGAGGUAAUGUUUGUAUCUGAGCUUGAGGAGACAUUAUUACUUAAGAAAACUUUAACCUUUGAAGUUGAGGAGACAUUGCUGCCUGAAGUUAAAGGGACCUUAAGUCCUGAAGUUCAGGAGAGAUUGUUGCCUGAAGUUGAGGAUACAUCAGUACUUGAAAUUAAGGAGACUAUAACUCCUGAAGUUGAAGAGGCAUUGCUACCUGAAGUUAAGGAAACAUUAACAACUGAGGUUGAGGUGCCUAAAGUUGAGGAGAUACUAGUUCCUGAAAUUGAGGGACCACUGGUACCUAAAAUUGAGGAGACAUUGGUGCUUGAAGUUGAGGAGACCUUAACACCUGAAACUGAAUGGACUUUAAUACCUGAAGUUGAGGAGCCACUAGUGUCUGAAAUUGAGGAAACUCCAGUUCCUGAAGAUGAGGAGACCAUCAUAACCAAAACUGAGGAGGUUCUAAUCCCUGAAAUUGAGGAGGUUUUAACAUCUGAAAUUAUAGAGACUCUAGGGCCAGAACUCAAGGAAGCGUCAGGAAUUGAAGUUGAGGAGGCAUUGUUGCCUGAAAUUGAGGACACUCCAGUAACUGGAGUUGAGACAUUGGCCUAUGAAAUUAAUGAGACAUUGGCACCACCUGAAGUUAAGGAGCUACAGACCUCUGAAGUUGAACAGACACCACAUGAAGUUCUAGAGAUAUUAGAGUCUGGAAUUGAAGAAACAAUGGUAUAUAGAAUUGGGGAGACAGUGCCUGAGGUUGAUAAGAUGGUGGUGUUUGAGGUUGAAGAGACAGUUGUGACUGAAGUUGAAGAAAUGUUGAUACCAGAAGUUAUUGAGUCAGUGGCACCAAAAGUUCAGGAGGCACUGAUAUCAAGAGCAAAUGAACUUUUAGCACUUGAAGUUGAGAAUGUAAGGGCACCUGAAACUGAGAAGAUAUCUGUACCUGAAAUCGAGGUGUUAGAAUAUGAAGCUUGGAUAGUGUUGACACCUGAAGUUGGGAAGGCAUGUGCUACUGUUGUUGAUGAGGCAGUGAUAUCUGAAGUUGAUGAGAUGUUAUCACCUAAUAUUUAUGAGAAAUCACAGUCUGAAAUUGUAGAGGCACAGAUACAUGAAGUUGAGGAGUUACUAGCAUCUGAUGUUGAGAGGACACUGAUAUCUGAAGGUCAGGACAUAUUGGCACCUGAAGUUGAGAACAUACUAACACCAGAAGUUGAGGUGGGACUAUCAUUUGAAGGUCAGGAUGAAAUGCUACCUGAAGUUGAGAAGGUAAUGGUGCCCAAAGCCAAAGAGAUCCAAGCCCCUGAAAUUGAGGUGGAACUAGCACUUGAUCAGGAGGUAAUGCCAGCUGAAGUUGAGAGGGUAUUAGCUCCUGAAAUUGAGGAGAUAAUGACACCUGAAGUUGAGGUUUUGGCACUUCAUGAGGGUUUUUCAUUUGAAGAUGAUAAAGCACUGCCACCAAAAGUUAAAUCAGUAGUGGAACCUGAAGUUAAGGAGGUGCAGGGAACUGAAAUUGAGGCUGUAGAGGGACCUAAAAUUGAAAAGAUAACACCAGAGAUUGAGGAUGCAGUAGCAGUUGAAGUCGAGAAUGUACUAACACUUGAAAUUGAUAUGGUAUCUGAAGUUGAUGUGGUACAAGCACCUGAAGGACAGAAGACACUUACACCUGAAGUCGAUGUAGUGUUGGCAUCGGAAGUUAAAGAAGUACUGGGAAAUGAAGUUAAGGAGGUACUGGCACAUGAAGUUGAUGCACAGGUACCAGAAGUUGAUCUAGUGCCAUGUGAAGUUGUCUUAUUAGCACCUGAAGCUGAGGAGAUACUAGCAUCUAAAGUUAAAGAAGCAGCAGUAACUGAAGUUGAGGAUGUACUGACACCCAAACUUGAGCUACUUGCAACUGAUGUUCUGGUAGCACCUAUAGUUCAGGUACCUACACCUAAAGUGCUUCCUGAAAUUGGAGAAACAAGUACAUCAGAGUUUAGAGAAGAAUUGGCUCUCAGUAUACAAGAAGUAUUAGCUUCUGAGGUUAAGGAGCAUUUGGCAUCUGAACUUCAGGAUGUUUUGGCUUCAGAUAAAGUGGAAACAUUAAAACAUGAAGUUAGAGAGGCAUUGACACCUGAAUUUCAAAUAAUGUUAGCUGACAUUACUGAGCCAAUGACAUCCAAAGUUGAGGAGACAUUGACUCCAGACACAGAGAAGCAGUUUGCAUAUGAAGUUGGUGAAGCAUUGCCUCCAGAAUUUGUAGAGACAGUGGCACCUGAUGGUGCAGAGGAAUUGACACCACAAGUUAAGGAAGUACUCGAGCUGGCACCUGAGGUUAAAGAUAUACUGGUACCCAAAUUUAAGGAAACUUUAUCAUCUAAAAUUGAGGAGGCACUGUUACAUGAAGUUGAGGCAGUAGUGGCACUGACACCUGAGGCUGAAGAAUCAUUGGCACUUCAAGUUGAAGAAGCACUGACCUUUGAAAUUCAAGACACAAAGGCAGUAGAGUUUAAUGUACUACCUGCACCUGAAAUUGAGGAGGACCAGGUACCCAAAGUUGAGAAGGAAGUGGGACUUGAAGUUGAGGAAUUAAUGGCAUUUGAAGUUGAGGAGAUAUUGGCAUCUGAAACUGAAGAGGACCAUGCACCUGAAAUUGAGAAAGCAAUGGCACUUGAAGUUGAGGAAUCAAUGGCAUCUGAAGUUGAGGAGAUAUUGGUAUCUGGAAAUCAUGAACCAUUAGCACCUCAAGUUGAAAUGCCACCACCACUUGUGAUUGAGGAGACUCUAGCAUUAGAAAUUGAAACAUUAGCAAUUGAAGUUGAGGCACUGAAACAGGAAGCUGAGGAGAUACUGUCACCUGAAGUUAAGGCCACUCUGGCACUUGAUUUUGAAGAUUCACCGACACAUGAUGUUACAUUGGUAGCAGUACCUGAAGAUGAAGUAUGGGAAGCUGAAGUUGAGAAGAAAGUGGCACCUGAAGUUAACAAUGCACCUGAAGUGGAGGAGAUAUUGAUGUUUGAAGUUUUAGCACCUUUGCCACCUGAAGUUGAGGCAGUACAAGAACCUAAAAUUGAGUUAGGACUGGCAAUUGAAUGUGAAGAGUUACUGAGAUCUGAUGUAGAGGAGGCAUUAGCACAUGAAGUUGAGGUGCUGGGAUCUGAAGCUGAGGUGAUAUCAGCAUUUGAAGUUGAGGAGCAUGUUAUCCAUGAAGUUCAAGAGAUGUGGGCAUCUGAAGUUGACGAGACAGUAACACCUGAAGUUAUGCAAUCAUUGGCACCUGGUAUUGAGGAGACACUGGCAUCCAAGGUUGAGGUAAUGGCACUUGCAGUUGAUUUGACAGCACCUGAUGUGGAGGUACCGGGACCUGAAACUGAGGUGGUAUUAGCACCUGAAGUUGAGGUGGUACAUACAAUUGGAGUUGAGGAGGUGUUAUCACCCAUAGUUGAGGAGAUACUGAUAUCUGAAGUUGAAAUACUAGCACCUGCAAUUGUGAAAGUACUGGUAAGUGAAGUUGAAGUACUGCCACCUGAAGUUGAGAAAGUAUUGACAUCUGAAAUUGAGAAGAUGCUAGCACUUGAAUCUGGGGAGGUACUAGCCCCUGAAGUUAAGAUACAAGCUUCUGAAGUUGAAGUACUGCCUUCUGAAGUUGAAGAGGAACUGCCACCACAAAAUGAGGAGGCAUUGGUAGCAAAAUAUGAGACACCAGCUGCUGAUGUUGGUUUACUGAUUCAUGAACUCAACAAGGUACUGGAACCUGAAGUUGAGACACUGGCAUCUGAAGUUGAAGAGGUGCUGACAUCCAGAGAUGAGGAAGUGACUCAUGAAGUUGAUGAGGCAUUGCUACCUGAAACUGAUGAGACUUUGCUACAUGAAGUUGAUAAUACAUUGCCAUCAAAAACUGGUGAGUCAUUGCCUCCUGAAGAUGAUGAAGAAUUGCCUUCUGAAAUUGAGGAGAUACUAGCACAUGAAAUAUUAGAAGCACUGGCACCUUUAGUUCAACAGGUACUAGCAUCUGAAGUUGAUGCAUUAUUAGCACCUGAAUUUGAAGAGGAACUGAUGUCUGAACUUAUUGAAACUUAUGCACCUACAGUUCAAGAGACACUGACACAUGAAGUUGGGAACUUACCAGCACAUGAAGUUGAGGCAGUACUAGCACCAGAAGUCAAAACAGUACUUGCAUCUGAUAAUGAGGCAUUACUUGAGACACUGACACAAGAAGUUGAGACAUCAGCAUAUAAAGCUGAAGAGAUAAUGGCAUCUGAAGUUGAGACUUUACAGGCACUUGAAGAUGAGGCAAUUGAAGUUCAAGACUUACUAACACACGAAGAACAAGAGACACUGGAACCUAAAAUUGAAAGGGAACAGGGAGUGGCACCUCAGUUUGAGAUACUGCCAUCUGGAGUUGAGAAGAUGUGGACAUCAGAGGUUGUGGAGGCACUAGGAUCAGCAAUUGAGUUACUGUUACCAGAAGUUGUUGAGGUAUUGGCACCUAUAGUUGAGCCACUGGCACCUGAAAUUGAGGAGAUAUUGGCUUCUGAAGUUAAAGUGCUAGCUCCUGAAGCACUUGAAGCUGAGAAAAUACCUUCUUAUGAAGUCGAGGAGUUCGUGGCACCAGAAGUUGAAGUACUGGUACCUGAAUUAGUGGUAAAAUCAUUAGAAGCUGAGGAAGUACUGGUAUCUGAAGUUGAGGAGUUAUUGGCACCUAGAGUUGAAAAUGUACUUGCACCUGAAGUUAAGGUGCUGCAAGUUAAGGAGGUACAGACACCAGAAGUUGAGGAAAAGGUACAUGCUGGACCUGAAGUUGAAGUGACUAUGACAACUGAAUUUAGGAAGGCAUCAUCUGAAGCUGAGGUAGCAUUUAUGCCUGAAAAUGAAAUAUUAUUAACUCAUGGAACUAAGAGGAUGUUGGCAUCUAAUGAUAAAAUUUCUACUCAUGAAAUUGAGAAUACACUGGCAACUGGAACUGGAGAGUCAGUGACACCUAAUGUUGAGGAAAUUUUGGCUUCCAACAUUGAGAUGUUGACACAUGAAGUUGACGAUGUAUUGCCACUGAAGGUAGAAGAACCACUGACACCUGUGCUGGAGAGGAAUUUGGCACCUGAGAUAGAACAAAUUCUUGCAAUGGAAAUGGAGAAGGUUUUGGAACCAAAAUUUGAUAAACGUCUAUCAGCUGUUGUGAAAAACUUAUUUACAAAUAAAUUAUACAAAAUAAUUGUUGAAUUUAAGGAAAUAUUUACAUCUCCAGAAAAAGAUAUUCCAUGUGAAUUGGAAAAUGUAUCUUCUCAAGCUGAGAGGUUUACUUCUACAGUCGAGGCUGAAAAAGUAGUGAGGCAUGAAAUUAAGAAGAGACUGGCUCCUGAACCUAAGAGAUCAGAUUUCUCAGAAGCUGAAGAGGUUUUCACUCCUGAAUAUCUAGAAUUAUGUACAAUUCCAUCAGGAGAAAUAUUCCCAGCAAAUAUUACAGAAGAUGACAUGAUAGAAAGGGAUGAAAUUAAAACAGUCUUAGAUAAUAUAGAGGUAGGUAAUGCAGACUUAGUAUCAUCUGAAGAUCAAGAAACGCAGUUACUUGAAUCUCCAGCACAAAUUUUAACAGCUGAGGUUGGAGAAAUAUUGUCAUUUAAUGAUGAUGACUUUGUACGUGAGCUUGAUCAGAUAAGUGGGUCUGAAAGUAAGGGAAUAUAUUCUGUAAAUGAAGAACUAGUAAAAAAUGAAUCUCAAGAAUUUCAUGAUCUUGACAGUGAAUUACUAGAAGUACCUGAAUUUAAAAAUAGAUUACCUGAGAUCAAUAUUGAAAAUGAAGUACCUGAAUUUAGUGGAAUAAUUUCAUCUGAAGGGACAUCAGUUCCUGAUGUAGAGGAAAUAGUGUUGCAUGAAAUUUUUGAACCUGCUGCUUCAGAUAUUGAGAAGGCAACAUCAUAUAAAUUUGAAGAGCUUUUGGAAUCUGAAAUUAAAGAAAUGUUGACAUCUCAGGUGAUAGAUACUCUGACCUCAACAGAAGCAACAUUAACCCCAGAAGUGCAGCAUUUCUUAGAAGCUGAGGACAAUAGCAUUUCUUCUGCUGCAUCCAUUAAUUCUGAAACAUUUACACCUGAAAUUGCACAAAUGUACUCAAAACCUGAACUAAAAGUAAUGGAGGUAGAGACACUAAAGGUGCAGGAAGAGGCAGAGCCUACAUUCGUUAACCCAGGACCAUUGAUAGUGGAACCAGAAGCACCUGUGUUGAAGUCAGAACAACAAGUGAUGGAGUCCGAAUCAACAGUGCAAGAAGCAAAGUUGACAACUGCAUCCAUAGAUUCUACAGAAAUAAACUCAGAAAUAAACAUUUUAAUGGAAGAACCAGUGUUGAUGGAAUUAAAAUCAACAUUAAUGGAAGAGGCAGAGAUUCUUGUGAAACCAGAAAUAACAGUGACUCAUAACCCAGACUUAACUGUGCUAGAACCACAACCAACCAUCAUAGGGCCUGAGCCGAUAGUGGUGAGACUAGAACCAAUAGUGGUGAGGCCAGAACCAAUAAUUGUUAGACCAGAGCCAAUAGUGGUUAGACCAGAAGCAAUAGUGGUAAGACUAGAGCCAAUAAUGGUGAGACCAGAGACAGUAGUAGUGCGACCAGAACCAAUAAUAGUGGAGGGGGAACCAACUUUGUUAGAACCAAAAGUAGCCAUGCUGGAAUUAGAACCAAGAGUGAUAGAACAAGAAUCAACAGAUGAAAAUCAAGAACCAACUCUGGCAGAGGAAAAGCCAAAAGCAACAGAAAUGGAGUCAGAACCAACAGCAGUAGAGCCACACCUAGUAGUGGUCAAUAUAGGAAUAAAGUCAACACUGGUGGAAGUAGAGAAAGAAACUGUAGACACAGAUCCAUCAGGGGUUGAACCAGAAUCAACAAAGUUAGAGCAACAAUUAACCAAAGUAGAACCAGAACUAAUAGCAGAAGUGAUGGAACUAGAAAGGACAGAGAUGGAAGCAGAGCCAGCUGUUGUGAAGGGAGAACGAACUGUAGGUGGUCCAGAACCUAGAGUGGCAGAAACAAAACAAAUAGUGGUGGAAGUAGAAAUAUCAGAGGUAGAGCCAGAACCAAUACUGGUGGCAGAACCAACAAUAGUAGAGACAGAGCCAGCAGUGAUUAAGCCAGAACCAGUAAUUGAAGCAUUAGAACCAUCAGUAAUGAUAGCAGAAGCACCAGUAGAUGAACUGGAACCAACAGUGAUAGAAUCAGAAGGAACAGUGGAAGAAAUUAAGGUAAUAGUGAGAGAGAUAGAGCCAGAACCAGCUGUGAUGGUAUCAGAACUAACUUUGGAACCAGAAGCAAUAGUGGAAGAACCAGAAAUAAGAGUGGUAGGAGAAGAAUUAGAACCAGCAGUGAUGGUAUUAGAAUCAACUUUGGUAAAACCAGAACUAACAGCAUUAGAACCAGAGAUAACAUUAACAACACAAGAAGCAACAAUGGUGGAACCAGAAGCAACAGUUGUAGAGCAAGUCAUGGAACUGAAACUAAUAACAUUAGUGGAACAAAUGGUGGAUGAGUCAGAAAUACUGGAAGUGAAAUCAGAACCACAAGUGAUGGAAGAAGAGCAGCCAGUAUUGAUUAAACUAGAACCAGUAUUAGAGGAGGCAGAACCAACAGAGUUGGUACCAGAGCCAGUAGUGUUGGUGGAAGCAUCAUUAUUGGAGCUAGAACCAGUAGCUGUGGAAGCAGAAGCAACAUUGAUUAAAUCAAUUAUGUCAUUAGUGGAAUUAGGACCUAUGGUUGCAAAGCUCAAAGCUACUAGUUCAGAAUCUAAACUUGUAGCUGUGGAGUUGGAACCAAUGAUUUUGGAACAAGAAACAGUAUUGGUGGAAGCAGAAGCAACAGCUAUAGAGCUAGAAGUAACAGAGGUAAAGUCAGAAAAAACAAUAGUGGAAUUAGAACCAGAAGUGAAGGCAGAGCCACCAGUAGUGGAACCAGAGCCAACAGUGGUGGAAACUGAGUCAGAAGUAGAAAAAUCAGAACCAGAAAUAAGAGAGCCAAAACCAAAAGAGAUUGAUCCAAAGUUGAAAGUGAUGGAAGAAAAAUCAAAAUUGUUACAAUUAGAACCACAAAUAAUUGAUGGAGAACAAUCAACAAAGGCAGAACAAACAGGGAUAGAUGCAGAACUUGAACAUGAGGUAUUGGCACAUGAACUUGAGGGAGAAUAUACAUCUGAAAUUGAGGCAUUACUGUUACUUGAAUUUAAGAAGGUACUAGCAUCCGAAGUUGAAGAAGCAUCAACAUCUGAAGUUGAGGUACAAGUACCUGAAGUUGAAGCAGUACGAGCAUUGAGUCUCAAGGAAGCAUCUGCACCAGAAGUUGAGGUACUGACACAUGAAGUUAAGGACAUACCAGAAAUUAGAGUAGAGAAUGCACUGAAACCUGAAGUUGAAGAUGCAGAUUUAUCAAAAGUUGAGAUACUGACAUCUGAAUCUGAGGAGAUAAUAGAACCUGUAGUUAAGGAAGCACUGGUGACUAAAAAUGCAAAAAUGAUGGGACAUAAAGUUGAGGUACCGACUCUCAAAGUUGAGGCAGUAUGCACACCUGAAGUUGAUAAGGUACUGUCAUUUAAAAUUGAGGAGGCACGAAUACAAGAAGUUGAGAAACUGCUGCCAUCUGAAAUUCAGGAGAUACUACCAUCCCAAAUUGAGGCAAUGGCACUUGAAGUUGAGGAGAUACUAUCAACUGAAAACAAGAUAGUAGCAUCUGAAGUUGAGGUACUGGCAUCAGAAGUUCAGGAAAUACUGGCAUAUGAAGUUGAAGUAUUUGCAACUGCAGUUCAAGAAGUAUUGGCUCAUGAAGUUGAGUUACUGGCAUCUAAGACUGAGGAGGUACUUGUGCCUAUAGUAGAGGAGGUACUGGUGCCUGAGUUUGAAGAGGUACUGGCACCUGAAGUUGAUGAGGUAAUUGAAGGGGCAUUGGUGCCAGAAGUUGAAGAGAUAUUGUCAUCAGAAUUUAAGGAGAUACUGACUGCUGAAGUUGAAGAGAUACUGGUUCCAGAAAGAGAGAAGAUAAAGAUACCUGAUGUGAAGGAGACAUUGGUGUCUGAAGUUGAAGCAGUGGUACCAGAAGUUGAAGAGGUACUGACACUUAAGUUUGAGGGAAUACCUCCUGAAGUUGAAGAGACAAUGCCAUUUGAAGUUCAGAAGAUAUGGGCUCCUGAAGUUGUGGAGGUAUUAACUCCAGAAAUUGAAGAAAUAAUUAUACCAGAAGUUUGGGAGAUAAUGGCAGUUGAUGUUGAGGAGGCAUUAUCACCUGUCAUUUUAGAGGGGAUUCUAGCACCUGAAGUUGAGGAGGUUCUGGCACUUGAAAUUGAGGAGGUAAUGGCACCUGAGGUUGAGGUUCUGGCACCUGAAGUUGAGAAGGUACUGGUGACUGAAAUUAAGGAGGUACUGGCACCUGAAGUUGAGGAGGUACUGGCACCUGAAAUUGAGGAAGUACUGGCACCUGAAGUUGAGGUUUUGGCACCUGAAAUGGAAGAGGUACUGGUACCUGAAGUUGAGGAGGUGCUGACACCUGAAAUUGAGGAGUUCCUGGCAUCAGAAGUUGAGAAGAUGCUGAUGCAGGAAGUUAAGGAAGUACCAGCAGAUGAAGCUGAAAUGUUGUCAUCUAAUCUUGAGGAAGAAGUUACAUCUGAAAUUCAGAAGAUACUGGCACCUGAUGUUGAAGGAUCACUGCCUCCAUUCUUAGAGGAGGUUCCAGCACCUGUAGUUGAGGAGGAGGCAUUGACCAUUAAAGUUGAAGAAGUAAUGGCACACAGACCCAAGGUGUUAUUGCCAGAGGUUGAGGAGAUAUUGACUUCUGCACUUGAAGUAUUUGCAUCUGAAGUUGAGGACACACUGGUGCAACAAGUUCAGAAGAUAAUGGCACCUGAAUUUGGCCAAAUACAAACACAUGACAAUAAGGACAUACUGACAUCUGAUAUUGAAGAGGUGCCAGUACCUAAAGUUGAGGAGGCAUUAACACCUGAAGUUGAGGAGGUAUUGGCACCUGAGGUUAAGGAAGUAAUGGCAAUAGAAGCCGAGGAGGUAAUGACACUUGAAGUUGAGGAAGUACUGCCACCUAAAGUUGUGGGGGUUCUGGCACCUGAAGUUGAGGUACUGUCACUUGAAGUACUGACACCUGAAGUUGAGGAGGUACCGACACUUAAAGCUAAGGAGGAACAUGCACCUGAAUUUGAGGAGGUGCUGCCACAUGAAGUUGUGAAUGUACUGGCACCUGAAUUUGAAGAGGUUCUGGAACAAGAGGUUGAGGAGAUACUGGCACCUGAAGCUGAUGUGCUGACACCUGAAGUUGAGGAGGUAUUGGCACUUGAAGUUGAGGAGGUACUGGCAUCUGAAGCUGAGGAGGUACUAGCACCUGAGGUUGAGAAGAUACCAGCACCUGAAAUUGUGGUAUUAGCACCUGAAGUUAAGAUGUUUGCUCCUGAAGUUGAGGAGGUUUUGGCACCUGAAGUUAAGGUUCUGAAACCUGAAGUUGAGAAGGUACUGGUACUUGAAGUUGAAGAGCUCCUAGUACCUGAAGUUGAAGAGGUUCUUUCACCUAACAUUGAGGAGGUUCUGGAACCAAAGGUUGAGAUACUGGCACUUGAAAUUGAGGAGAUAAUGGCACCUGUAGUUGAGGAGGUACUGGCACCUGAAAUUGAUGAGACAGUGGCACUUGAAGUUGAGGAGGUACUGACACCUGAAAUUGAGGAGAUAGUGGCACCUGAAGUUGAGGAGAUACUGACACCUGAAGUUGAGGAGUUACUGACAUCUGAAGUUGAGGAGGUACUGACACCUGAAGUUGAGGAGGUACUGGCAUCUGAAGUUGAGGAGGUACUGGCACCUGAAGUUGAGGAGAUACUGACACCUGAAGUUGAGGAGUUACUGACACCUGAAGUUGAGGAGGUACUGACACCUGAAGUUGAGGAGGUACUGGCAUCUGAAGUUGAGGAGGUACUGGCACCUGAAGUUGAGGAGAUACUGGCACCUGAAGUUGAGGAGGUACUGACACCUGAAGUUGAGGAAGUACUGACACCUGAAGUUGAGGAAGUACUGACACCUGAAGUUGAAGAAGUACUGACACCUGAAGUUGAGGAAGUACUGACACCUGAAGUUGAGGAGGUACUGACACCUGAAGUUGAGGAGGUACUGACACCUGAAGUUGAGGAGGUACUGACACCUGAAGUUGAGGAGGUACUGACACCUGAAGUUGAGGAAGUACUGACACCUAAAGUUGAGGAAGUACUGACACCUGAAGUUGAGGAGGUACUGACACCUGAAGUUGAGGAGAUACCAGCUCCUGAAGUUGAGGAGAUACUGGCACUUGAAAUUGAGGAGGUACUGACACCUGAAGUUGAGGUCAUAACACCAGAAGUUGAGAAAGUACUGACACCUGAAGUUGAGGAGGUACUGACUCUUGAAGUUGAGGAGGUACUGGCACCUGAAGUUGAGAUACUGGCACUUGAAGUUGAGGAGAUACUGGCACCUGAAGUUAAGGAGGUACUGAUUCCUGAAGUUGAGGAGGUACUGGCAUCUGAAGUUGAGGAGGUACUGGCACCUGAAGUUGAGGAGGUACUGGCACCUGAGGUUGAGGUGGUACAGGCAUCUGAAGUUGAGGAGGUACUGGCACCUGAAGUUGAGGAGGUGCUAGCACCUGAAGUUGAGGAGGUGCUGGCUCCUGAAGUUGAGGAGGUGCUGGCUCCUGAAGUUGAGGAGUUACUGGCACCUGAAGUUGAAUACAUACUGCCAUGUUAUGCUGAGGAGGUACUGGCACCAGAAGUUGAAGUGGUGUUGGCACCUGAAGUUGAGCGGGUUUUGGUACCUGAAAUAGAGAAGGUUCUGUCACAUGAAGCUGAGGAGGUACCAGCAUUUGAAGUUGAGAAAGUUUUGAUAUCUGAAGCUGAGUUUCAGAUAUCUGAAGUUGAGGUUCUGACACCAGAAGUUGAGGAGAUUCUGACACCAGAAGUUGAGGUGGUGUUGGCACUUAAAGUUCAAGAGAUGCUAGCACCUGAAGCUUUGACACCUCAAAUUGAGGUUCUGACACCUGAGGUUGAGGGGGUUCAGACACACCAUAUUGAGGAGGUUCCAUUAUCUGAACUUGAGGAAAUUCUGAUGCCUAAAGUUGAGGAGAUUCUAACACCUUUAGUUGAGGAGGCUCUGACACCUAAAGUUGAGGAGAUUCUGAUGCCUGAAGUUGAGGAGGUCAUGACACCUGGUGUUGAGGAGGUACUGGCACUUAGAGUUCAAGAGAUGCUUGCAUCUGAAGUUGAGGAGGUACAGACACCUGAAGUUGAGGAGGUAUGGAUACCUGAAGUUGAGGAGGUACUAGCACCUGAAGUUGAGGAGGUUCUGACACUGGAGUUUGAGGAAAUACUGGCACCUAAAGUUGAGGGAGUUCUUACACCUGAAGUUGAAGAGCUUCUGGCCCCUGAAGCUGAGGAGAUAUUGGCGACUAAAGUUCAAGAGAUGCUCACACUUGAAGUUGUGGAGAUUUUGGCACCUGAAGUUGAGAAGGUACUGACAUCUGAAGUUGAGGUACUGACACCUGAAGUUGAGGAGGUACUGGCACCUGAAGUUGAGGAGGUACUGGCACCUGAAGUUGAGGGUGUACUGGGACCUGUGGUUGAGGAAGUUCUGAUGCCUGAAGUUGAUGAGGUUCUGGCACCUGAAGUUGAUGAGGUACUGGCACCUGAACUUGAAGUUCUGACACCUGAAGUUGAAGUUCUGACACCUGAAGUUGAGGAGGCUCUGACAUCUGUAGUUGAGGAGGUACAAGCCUCAGAAGUUGAGGAGGUUCUGACAGCUGAAGUUGAAGAGAUUCUGGCACCUAAAUUUCAGGAGGUACUGUCACCUGAAGUUGAGGUUGUGACACCUGAAGUUGAAGAGAUACAGACACCUGAAGUUGAAGAGGUACUCGUACCUGAAGUUGAGGAGGUUAUGACACCCAAAGUUAAGGAGAUAAUGAUGCCUGCAGUUGAAGAGGUAUUGAUACCUGAAGUUGAGGUUGUGUCACCUGAAAUUGACAUACUGGCACCUGAAGUUGAAGAGGUUUUGACACCGGAAGUUGAGGAUGUGCUGGCAACUGAAUUUGAAGAAGUUCUGACACCUGAAGUUAAGGAUGUACUUGCACCUGAAGUUGGAGUUCUGACACCUGAAGUUGAAGAGGUUUUGGCACCUGAAGUUGAGGAGGUACCAGCAACUGAAGUUCAAGAGAUACUGGCACCAAAAGUUGAGAUUCUGACACCUGGAGUUGAGGAGGUACUGGCCUCUGAAGUUGAGGAGGUACUGGCCUCUGAAGUUGAGGAGGUUCUGACACCUGAAGUUGAAGAGCUUCUGGCACCUAAAGUUGAGGAGGUACUGUCACCUGAAGUUGAAGAGGUACAGGCGCCUGAAGUUGAAGAGUUACUGUCACCAGAACCCGAAGAUGUUCUGACACCUGAAGUUAAGGAGAUACUGACACCUGUAGUUCAAGAGGUAUUGACACCUAAAAUUGAGGUUGUGACACUUGAAAUUGACAUACUGGCACCUGAAGUUGAGGAGGUUCUGACACCAGAAGUUGAGGAUGUGCUGGCAACUGAAUUUGAGGAAGUUCUGACACCUGAAGUUGAGGAUGUACUUGCACCUGAAGUUGGAGUUCUGACACCUGAAGUUGAAGAGGUUUUAGCACCUGAAGUUGAGGAGGUACCAGCACCUGAGGUUCAAGAGAUACUGGCAUCAGAAGUUGAGAUUCUCACACCUGAAGUUGAAGAGAUACUGGCACCUGAAGUUGAGGAAGAGGUUGUCACACCUGAAGUUAAGGAGGUACUGACACCUGAAGUUGAGGAAAUAUUGACACCUGAAGUUGAGGUUAUGACACCUGAAGUUGACAUACUGUCACCUGAAGUUCAGGAGGUACUGGCACCUGAAGUUGAUGAGGUAUUUGCACCUGAAGUUGAAUUUCUGACACCUGAAGUUGAAGAGGUUUUGGGACCUGAAGUUGAGAAAGUACCAGCACCUGAAGUUCAAGAGAUACUGGCACCUGAAGUUGAGAUUCUGACACCUGAAGCUGAGAGGGUUCUGACAUCUGAAGUUGAGGAGGUACUGGCACCAAAAGUUGAGGAGGUUCUGACACCUGAAGUUGAAGAGGUUCUGACACCAAAAAAUGAGGAGGUACUGUCACCUGAAGUUGAGGUUGUGACACCUGAAGUUGAAGAGGUACUGACACCUGAAGUUGAAGAGGUACUGGCACCUGAAGUUGAGGAGGUUAUGACACCUGAAGUUAAGGAGAUACUGACACUUGCAGUUGAAGAGGUAUUGACACCUGAAGUUGAGGAGGUACUGGCACCUGAAGUUGAGGAGGUUCUGACAACUGAAGUUGAGGAUAUACUGGCAUCUGAACUUCAGGAAACUCUGACACCUGAUGUUGAAGAGGUUCUGAUACCUGAAUUUGAGGAGGUACUUGCACCUGAAAUUGAAGUUCUGACACCUGAAGUUGAAGAAGUUCUGGCACCUGAAGUUCAAAAGAUACUGGCAUCUGGAGUUGAGGGGCUACUGGCAUCUGAAGGGGAGAUUCUGACACCUGAAGUUGAGGAGGUUCUGACAUCUGAAGUUGAGGAGGUACUGGUCCCAGAAGUUGAGAAGGUUCUGACACCAGAAGUUGAGGAGUUUCUGGCACCUAAAGAUGAGGAGGUACUGUCACCUGAAGUUGAGGUUGUAACAACAGAAAUUGAGGUUUUGGCACCUGAAGUUGAGGAGGUACUGACACCUGAAGUUGAGGACAUACUGGUGCCUGAAGUUGAGGAGGCUCUGGCACCUGAAGUUGAGGUACUGGCACCUGAAUUUCAAGACAUACUGCCACCUGAAGUUGAGGAGGUUCUGGCAAAUGAAGUAGAGGAGGUACAUGCACCUGAAGUUGAGGUUCUGCCAUCUGAAGUUGAGAAAGUUGUACCACUUGAAGUAGAGAAGGUUCUGACACCUGAAGUUGAGGAAGUUCUGACACCUGAAGUCGAGUUGGUGUUGAUACCUGUAGUUCAAGAGAUGCUGGCACCUGAAGUUGAAAAGGUUAUGAUUCCUGAAAUUGAGGAGAUUCUGGAGCAUGGAGUUGAGGAGGCUCUCACACCUGAAGUUGAGAGGGCUCUAACAACUGAAGUUGAGGUUUUAGCACCUGAGAUUGAGAAGGUUUUGAGGUCUGAAGUUGAGGUUCUGACACCUGAAGCUGAGGAGGUACUGGCACCUGAAGUUGAGGAGGUACUGACACCUGAAGUGGAGGUUCUGAUAUCUGAACUUGAGCAGGUUCUGACAACUGAAGUUGAGGAGAUUCUGACACCAGAAGUUCAGGAGAUACUGACACAUGAAGUUCUAGAGAUUCUGACACCUGAAGCUGUGGAGGUUCUGAUGCAUGAAGUUGAGGAGGUUCUGACAUCAGAAGUUAAGCAGUUUCUGACACCUGAAGUUGAAAUACUGGCAUCUGAAGUUGAUGUUCUGGCACCUAAAAUUGAGGAGGCACUGACACCUGAAGUUGAAGAGGUACUGGCACCUGAAGUUGAAGUAUUGACACCUGAAAUUGAGGAGGUAUUGACACCAGAAGUUGAGGCUGUGACACCUAAAGUUGAGGAGGUACUGGUGCCUGAAGUUCAGGAGAUAUUGGCACUUAAAGUUGUGGAGGUUCUGACACCUGAAGUUGAAGAGGUAUCUUCAUCUGAAGUUCAAGAGGUGAUGGCACCUGAAGUUGAGGAGGUACCUUCACCUGAAGUUCAAGAGAUACUGACACCUGAAGUCGAGGAGGUUCUGUUACCUGAAGUUGAGGAGGUACUGGCACCUAAAGUUAAGGAGGUUCUGACACCUGAAGUUCAAAAGAUUCUGGCACCUAAAGUUGAGGAGGUUCUGACACCUGAAGUUGUGGAGGUACUGACAUCUGAAGUUCAAGAGAUACUGGCAUCUGAAAUUGAGGAGGUUCUGACUCCUGAAGUUGAAGAUUUGCUAGCUCCUGAAGUUGAGGAGGUACUGGCACCUGAAUUUCAAGAGAUACUGACAUCUGGAAUUGAGGGGGUACUGGCAUCUGAAGUUGAAGAGGUACUGGCACCUGAAAUUGAGGAGGUACUGGCAACUGAAGUUGAGGAGGUUCUGACACCAGAAGUUCAAAAUAUACUGACACCUGAAGUUUUGGAGGCUCUGACACCAGAAGAUGAGGAGGUUCUGGCACCUGAAGUUGAAGAGGCUCUGGCAUAUGAAUUCAAGGUGGUGUUUGCACCUGAAGUUGAAGGGGUUCUGGCUCCUGAAGUUGAGGAGGUUCUUGCACCUGUAGUUGAGGAGGUUCUGACUCCUGAAGUUGAGGAGGUUCUGGCACCUGAAGUUGAAGACAUUCUGGCACCUGAAGUUGAAGAGGUUCUGGCACCUGAAGUUGACCUAGAACUGGCCCUUGAAGUUAACAUUGUAUUGGCACCUGAAGUUGAUGAACUACUGGGAACUGAAUUUGAGGAGGCACUAGCACUUGAAGUUGAGGGAGUUCUGUCACCUGAAAUUGAUGAGGUGCUGGGAACUGAAUUUGAGGAGGUGCUAGCAAUUGAAGUUGAGGCAGUAUUGGCACCUGAAGUUGAUGAGUUACCUGAAUCUGAGUUUGAGGAGGUACUAGGACUUGAAGUUGAGGCUAUUCUGGCACCUGAAAUCAAUGAGGUACUGACAUCUGAAGUUGAGAUACUGGCAUCUGUAGGUAAGAAAAUAAUGGCACUUGAAGAUCAUGAGUUACAAGUACCAGUAGUUGAAGAGGAAGUAGCACUGGAAGAUCAGCAAGUACUUUCUCCUGAAAAUGAAUUGGUUGCAUCGGAAUUUAAGGAUGAAUUGUCAACUGAAGUUGAGAAGGAACCAUCACUAAAGACUAAGGUGGUACUGGCACCUGAACUCAAGGUUCUGGCUCUUGAAAUUGAGAAUGACUUGGUAUCUAUAGUUGAGGAGGAAUUCGCACCUAAAAUUGAGGAAGCUCUGGCACCUACUGAAGUUGAGGAAGUACUGACACAUGAAGUUGAGGAGGCAUCGACACUUGAAGAGACACUGGCUCCUAAGGAUGAGAAGGCAUUGGCAGCUGAAGCUGGGGAAGUACUGAAACCAGAACUGAUAGAGGGAGAACAGGUAUUAUUAAAAUUAGCACCAUCAUUUGUUGAAGAACAAACAAUAGUGGACACUUUGGUGGUGAAAGAUCCAUCAGUUGCAGAGCUAGAUCUAACACUGCUAGAGCCAGAAAAAACAGUUGUGAAGGUAGAACCAAUAGUGGUGGUAUCUGGAGCAGUGGUGGAGGAACUGAAAAUAAUGGAGCCAGAACUAGAAGUGUUGCACCUGGAAGUAACUGUGGUAGAGUCAGAACCAGAAGUGGUGAAUGCAGAAUUAGAAGUGAUGGAGGAAGAACCAGAAGUGCUGGAAGCAAGAAAAGCAAUGUUGGAGACAGAGCCAGUGGUAGAGCCUGACAUAGUAACAGUGGAAGCUGAGCCAGUAGUAGUAGAGGCAGAACCAACAGUUACAGAAUCAAGUCUAAUAAUGGUCAAGCCAGAACCAGUUGUGGUGGAGGCAGAACCAGUAAUGGUGAAAGCAGAACCAAUAAUAAUGAAAGCAGAACCAAUAAUAAUGGAAGCAGAACCAAUAAUAAUGGAAGCAGAAUCAACCUUAACAGCUUCUGAUUCCAUGGUGUUGAAACCAGAAGCAGUUGUAGAAGAACUGGAACUAAGUGUAGUUACAUUACAGCCAGUAGUGGAAGAACCAAAACCAACAGAAACAGAGCCAGAGCCUGUAAUUAAGAAACUAAUGGAAACUGAAUUUAACAUUGAGGAAUCAGAACAAAUGAUGGUGGAAUCUAAAUCAGAACUAGAACGAGAACCAACAUUGGAACAAACAGAGCCACCAGUAGUGAAACCAAAAUCAACAAUUGAGGAAUCAGAAUUUGAAGUGGAAAAAUCACUAUCAAAAACAGCAAUGGAAGAAACAAAACCAGAGCACACUAUGGUGGAUGAACAAUCAGGAAUGGUAGAGACAGAACUUAUAUUUGAGGAGGCAAUGCUGGUCAUUAUAGAGCCAGAAUCAACAGUGAUGGUGACAGAACCAGGAGUUAUGAAAGAAGAAUCAGUAAUGUUAGAAGCAGAGCCAACAUUGAUUGAGCCAGAACCAUCAGGAAUGGAAGUAGACCCACUAAUAGGCGAAGGAGUUGAUGCUGAUUCCAAAGACAUUGUUGGUACAAUUAAUCUGGAAAACAAAGAUUUAGUUGAGGAAACCUAUACUCUUGAAAUGCCUGAUCCAGCUUUGCCAGUAGAUUUUAAUGUGUUAAAGAAAACGUCUGCUUCUAUGGAUAUGGUUUCCAGUUUAGUAAAUGACUCCGUAGAAGUAGAUUAUUAUGUAUCAACAGAUGAAAAUGUACUGUCUAAAUCUGAGAUUAAUGAAACAGUAGGAGAAGCUUACAUUUCUAUUUCAGAGCCUGUAGUUAUAGUCAGUAACUUAGUUGAUGUUACAGUUUCUGAAGUCAACACUCAAGAAGUAAAGGGCACCCCAGUAGAGGUCAUUAGUACUGCCAUAGAUUCCAAUGGAACUGUAGUAGAGGUAGCUGAGUAUUCUGUAGAUUAUCUUGAUAUUGCACAGAAAGAUCCAAACUUACUUGUCAAAAAACUGGCUGCCAGUGAGGACAGCGAGUCACAUUCAGUUGCCAAGCGAGGAGCUCCCAACGAUGAAGUUUCUCAGAACAUAUUAACCCUCAAGGUUGAAAGCAGCAACACACUUGAUGCAAAAAUGACAAUGCCACUAUCCAUCUCUUCAAGUAAUAUAACAUCAAAUGUAGUAGGUGACUCACAACUGUCUGAUGACAAGAGAACAGAAGCCUCUGAGGCUGAAAUGGCAGGGACAACACCAUCCUUGUCACAAGCAGCUCAGCUCUCUCAUGUGUUUGCCAUUGGUGCUGGGGAAGCACUUAAUGAAGCAACUGAAGAAACUAUUCAAGGUGACACUGAAGAGAGCCCAGUUGAAGAAUCUCUUACCGAAAAAUUUUUGAAAGCAUCUCAUAACCUGAUGCUGAUCAUGUUGAAAGACAUUGUCAGCCCCUGUAUUGAAUAUGUUUGGAAAGGCUUCAUGUACUCAUCGCAGUUCAUCAGGCUCCCAGAAGGUCUGGCUUUUGGAGUUGAAGCAGAAGUGGCCGAGCCAGAAAUGUCACAAGGAGCCUUGGUGUUUUUAUUCAUCGUAGUCUUCACUAUUGUUACCAUCUACCUUGUUCACCUCAUCAUGUUGGCUGCCCGGAAGGUGUACUCUGUAUGUAUUACUGGCAUACUUUUUAUUUAGUGUAGAAUAGUUGAUUGUUUUGGCCUCUGCUGCUAUAUUUAAUUUGAAUGCAAAAACAAAGCUGGAAGACCAUAUUUCCUACACUACAAGUUGACACUCAAGCCCCACUCAGAGAUGAAUGGAAAGUAUUAUUGAA